AUGCGCGACAGUAUCGCACUUGUAGGACAAGAACCCACGCUUUUCAACAUGACUAUUAGUGAAAAUAUAAUGUGUGGAACGGAACGUUGCACACAAGAAGAAGUCGAGCGUGCAGCUCGUUUUGCUAAUAUUCAUGAUUUUAUCAUGUCACUACCAGACGCUUACGACACUGUGGUUGGCACGAAAGGGGCAUUACUGUCAGGUGGUCAGAAGCAACGUAUCGCGAUUGCGCGAGCUAUUGUCAGAGACCCAAAAAUUCUACUGCUAGAUGAGGCCACAAGUGCUUUGGACACCGGAAAUGAAAAGAUAUGCCUUAUUUGA